UUUAUUUAUUGUGGUCAAGAUGGAAAAACAAAUAGCAAUAUAAACGAGGACGCAAGCACGCAUAUAUAAGUGAUGAGUUUGUUACGUGCAUAGUUGAUUGCAUUCUGUUACGAUUCAUUCAUUCAUAGAUUGAAAAAGUUAGUUACUAUUGAACUGAAUUGGAAGAAGAAAUGGAUCACAUCGCCGAUGCACAACGCACCGAUUUGAUGACCAUAACCCGUUUCGUUCUCAACGAACAAUCAAAGCACCCUGAAUCACGCGGCGAUUUCAGCAUCUUGCUCAGUCACAUUGUUCUUGGAUGUAAAUUCGUUUGUUCCGCUGUUAACAAGGCUGGUCUUGCUAAGCUCAUUGGACUUGCUGGAGAGACCAAUGUGCAGGGUGAAGAACAGAAGAAGCUGGAUGUUCUUUCCAAUGAUGUAUUCAUCAAGGCUUUGAAAAGCAGUGGCAGAACAUGCAUCUUGGUUUCUGAAGAAGAUGAGGAGGCAAUAUUUGUGGAUCCCUCGCAACGUGGAAAGUACUGUGUUGUUUUUGAUCCAUUGGAUGGCUCCUCUAACAUUGAUUGUGGUGUUUCCAUUGGAACUAUUUUUGGGAUUUAUAUGAUGAAAGAUAACCAUGCACCAGUCAUAGAAGAUGUCCUGCAACCUGGGAAGAACAUGUUGGCAGCUGGUUAUUGUAUGUAUGGAAGCUCUUGCACGCUUGUGAUAAGCACCGGAAGUGGUGUUAAUGGUUUCACCCUUGACCCUUCUCUCGGUGAAUUCAUCUUAACUCACCCUGACAUUAAGAUCCCAAAGAAAGGAAAGAUUUAUUCAGUGAAUGAAGGGAAUGCCAAGAACUGGGAUGGCCCUACUGCCGCUUAUGUGGAGAAAUGCAAGUUUCCCACAGAUGGUUCAUCAGCAAAGUCUCUAAGAUAUAUUGGAAGCAUGGUAGCUGAUGUUCAUCGCACAUUGCUUUAUGGAGGUGUCUUUUUGUACCCUGCUGACAAAAAGAGUCCAAGUGGAAAACUUCGUGUAUUGUAUGAAGUCUUCCCAAUGUCCUUCUUGUUGGAACAGGCCGGAGGACAGUCUUUCACCGGCAAGCAAAGGGCACUUGAUUUAAUUCCAACAAAACUUCAUGAACGGUCUCCCAUAUUUCUUGGUAGCUAUGACGAUAUCGAAGAAAUCAAAGCUCUAUAUGCUGCAGAAGAGGAAACAAAAUGUGAAGGAUAUUAAUGUGAAAGUAACGGAGCUCCAAUGCCUUGAUUAAAAUGAAAUUAAUAAGGAUGGAAAAACUGAUGAAGAAGGAAAUCUGGAAGGCGAUGAAGAUGCUAAAGGUGUGAGAUUUGAUGAUAUUGAGGAUGAGAGAACCACCACACCCAAUGAUGGUUUUUAAGUGGUAAAAUUGGAUCUAUCACAAAAUGGUUCUAUUAGAGUUGAAAUCAAAGGAGUCAUAUAGAAUCAAGGUCUGUGCUUCAAAGUCACUUAUAAAAACUAUCAGCAAAGAGAAGAUAACAGUGUUUGCACCUGUCUUUCGGUCACUUACUGUUCUAAAAGCAAAGAUGUAGAGGAGGAGAAGCAAUAUUGAGUGAUGAAUUAGACGGCUGAGAUUUAGAUGAAUAUGAUGAAGAAAAAUAUGUUUAGUAUUAAAAAUUUAAAAAUGAGUAGCUAAGUAAGGAUUGAGUUCAAGUUGGGUGGAAUUUUAAUUUUUUUUAUCUGAAUUUAAAGAUGCAAUUAUUGA